UGCUAAUGACAGCUGAUCCAUGGCUGAUCCAUGAAGUCGGGAAAUGAGGUGUCAGAAUAUGUCGUACUUAAAAAUAUUAAAAACAAUAACAAUUGACUAUUAUUGUAAACCAAAGAUGUGUCAUUAAUUAAAUCACUAACAUUCUAAAUUGUUAGUAAUAAAUUGUUUCUGUGUUUAACGGAAUUACAUUAUAACCUAAUCAGGUAAUCAUAGACUGAUUUUUGGUUUCAUAUAAACUUCAAUAAAUUUGGAGUAUAAUCAAAAUAAUUUCCGAGGAAUUUUCGAAAAAUUCUAAAGAAAUAAAAUUAUGUCAAAAAAUAAAUUGAAUUUAACGCUGCCACCGGGUUCAAUCGAGCCAGUACCAGCUGUUUCACCUUCCCCGCCAGUUCCACCUCUUCCAACAUAUUCUGAAGCUCCUGUGAUUCCAGAACGUCGUAACUUUAUUUCUAGCGGUGUCAUGGGAAAAAUGAGUAUAGAUGCAAUUCAAGAACGUUUGGAAGAAUUAGAAAUGGAUGAAGAACAAAGAAAAAGACUUGAAAGUUUUCUCGGGCAAAAAGAAAAAGUUGGUGAACUCUGUGAUGAAGACUUUGAAAAAUUAGGAGAAUUAGGAGCCGGUAAUGGAGGUGUAGUUAUGAAAGUUAAACAUAAAAAAUAUGGCCUCAUCAUGGCUAGAAAGUUGAUUCACUUGGAGGUAAAACCAGCAAUUAAGAAGCAAAUUAUUAGGGAAUUAAAAGUGCUUCAUGAAUGUAAUUUUGCCCAUAUUGUCGGUUUUUAUGGUGCAUUCUAUAGUGAUGGAGAAAUUAGUAUAUGCAUGGAAUAUAUGGACGGUGGAUCUCUUGAUCUCAUUCUUAAAAAAGCAGGAAGAAUACCAGAAUCUAUUUUAGGAAGAAUUACUUGUGCGGUCUUAAAAGGUUUAAGUUAUUUAAGAGAUAAACAUGCAAUAAUGCAUAGAGAUGUGAAACCAAGUAAUAUUUUGGUAAACAGCGCAGGAGAAAUAAAAAUUUGUGAUUUUGGAGUAUCUGGACAAUUAAUUGAUUCAAUGGCAAAUUCUUUUGUCGGUACUCGAAGUUAUAUGUCGCCUGAAAGAUUGCAAGGCACACAUUAUUCGGUACAAAGCGAUAUUUGGUCCUUAGGCCUAUCAUUGGUUGAAAUGGCUAUUGGAAUGUAUCCUAUUCCUCCACCAAACGCCAAAACUUUGUCAACGAUAUUUGGUCAUCAACAGGGUCCGUCAUCUACAGAGAAUGUCGUAACCAAUAACAUUCCAACACCUACGUCACAGUCUCCAGCGCAUAAUGCAAGUAGUCCAAGACCAAUGGCGAUAUUUGAACUUCUGGAUUACAUAGUGAAUGAACCGCCUCCAAAAUUGCCACCGGGAAUUUUCAGUGAUUCAUUUACUGAUUUUGUCGAUAGAUGCUUGAAAAAGAAUCCUGCAGAAAGAGCUGAUUUAAAGACCCUUAUGAAUCACGAAUGGAUUAAAAAAGCAGAAUGUGAAAAUGUUGACAUCGCAGGUUGGGUAUGCCGUACUAUGGAUCUACAACCUACAACUCCAACACGUUUAGCGAACGUGCAGUCCUGAAUAAAUGUAACUCUUACAUACUUAACUACUUAUAUUCGAGUUCAGUACUCUUGAGUUUAUUUUAUACUUCAUUUUUUUACUAAAAAAGGAGAUUAUCAAAAGUGGCAGCAAUUGUAAUUUAUGAUUUACAAAGAAAAACAAUUUUUAUCUCUUGUUCUUUUCAAUAAUUCUGUUAAAAAUAAGAUGAAAGAAUUAGAAGCUAAUUAUUAUCUAUUAUUAGUAAAUCUGAUUUUUAAAAAUUUUUUAAUCAAAUUUUUGAUAAAUGAUUUUUUAAUUAUGUCCUAUCUGUGUUAUAUUAAUUUUUAAAUCUUAAUAACAAAUACUUAGUAAUUAAUUCGUUGAACAAAAGUUUGUAGUAAAGUGACCUAAGAAAUUACAUUAAAUAAACUACUUUUUGUAAUUAAAAUAAGUUUAAAAAAAAAUUGUAAUUUGAAUUUUAUUUUACUUUUUACGUAGAAUUUUAUAGUCACUAAAUUAUUCUUUUAUAUAAUUAUGUAAAGAUAGUUAUGAUUAAGUUUUAGAACUCUAUUAAUUAUUCAUUUACUUAUUUUACUGCACCCGGAAAAUGAAUCAAUUCAAAAGCUUCUAUUUCUUUUCAAAGUAAAAGUAAAUUUUUGAGCGGUAAAUUUAUUACUGAGUAAUUUAAGAAAAUAUUUUGUUUUCUAUCCUUAUGGUCUGCAUAAUAGUGUGCGCCACUGAAAUAUGUUUAAUUAAAUUUUCAUCCUUGAUUCAAAUUUUUUUUUCUUCUAAGUAUGUAAGAUAGGCUAAUAUUACUUGAUAAGUUAGCAUCGUUAAUAAAUAUUGCAGACAUUGUUAAAAAUAAGACGAAGAUAAAAAAAAAUAUAAAUAAAAGAGAAAUUUCUGAUAA